CCAGAAACACAAUUUAGAUAACCAAAACUCAUCUCUCUCACUUUUCAAACGGUUGCAAUCAACAAAAACAAGUAGAAUUUUCAAAAUGGGCAUUUGCUGUUCAAUUGAACCAACACAGUUUACAACUGCAAAGCUGAUAAGUCACGAUGGGAAACUAGAAGAGUACUCGUAUCAAGUGAAAGUAUCAAAUGUAUUGCAGAAACAUCAAAACUGUUUCAUAUGCAAUUCAGAUGAAAUGGAAUUCGAUAAUCAGGUUUCAGCCAUCGACGAAGAUGAAGAACUUCAACUGGGUCAAAUCUAUUUUGCCUUACCCUUGAGUAAACUUAAAUAUCCACUGACAUCUGAAGAAAUGGCUUCGUUAGCUGUUAAAGCUAGUUCAGCUCUUAUGAAUUGUAGUGGUUAUUCUUAUAACCUGAAACAGGUUAAACCAGGUACGUACACAACAAUCAGCGAGAGAAAAUCAGCAUCCGUUAGAACUGCAAAAGAUAACAGUGGUAGUGGAUUAGUAACAGAGCAUAGAAGAAAACGGAGUAGUGGUAAAGGACGUGAUUUUACCUCUAAAUUAUGUGCAAUUGCAGAAUGAAAUAUACGUAGAUAUUUGGAAUUUUCCAGUUUUUGUAGUUUUAAAAUAUUUUGGAGAUGUUAUGAUCCUUAUUUGUACAGAAUAAAAGAGGGAAUCACAUCUAAUGAAUUUGUUAUUCUUCAAUAUGUUGUUC